CCUUCCCGCCCUCUCUCAACAACCUUCUUUCUCUCUUACCGCCUCUCUACACCCAACACUACAUCCAACACUAGCCUACACUCUUCCACUAUGGCUACCCGUCUUCAAUUCGAAAACAGCAGCGACAUUGGCGUCUUUUCAAAAUUGACCAACAGCUACUGCCUCGUUGCGAUCAACGGCAGUACCAACUUUUACUCAGCUUUCGAGAGCGAGCUGGGAGAUGUCGUGCCAAUCGUGCACACGAGUAUUGGUGGAACUCGGAUAGUUGGACGGUUAACUGCCGGCAACAGACAUGGCCUCCUCGUCCCAUCCACAACAACAGACCAAGAACUCCAACAUCUCCGUAACGCCCUCCCCGACUCUGUAUCCAUCCAACGAGUAGAAGAACGAUUAUCUGCCCUUGGAAACGUCAUCGCCUGCAACGACUAUGUUGCUCUCGUGCACCCCGACAUCGACAGAGAAACAGAAGAAAUCAUUGCAGAUGUUCUCAAAGUCGAAGUGUUUAGGCAGACGAUCGCGGAUAACGUCCUCGUGGGGAGCUAUUGUGCGAUUACGAACCAGGGUGGACUUGUGCACCCCAAGACGAGUAUACAAGAUCAGGAUGAAUUGAGUAGUUUGCUGCAGGUGCCUUUGGUGGCUGGUACAGUGAACCGUGGUUCGGAUGUCAUUGGCGCCGGGCUGGUCGUAAACGACUGGUGCGCGUUUACGGGUCUCGAAACAACAGCAACAGAGAUCAGUGUCAUUGAAGCUGCAUUCAAGCUCCAAGGACAGGAAUCAACAGCAGUCAUCGGAGAGAUGAGAGAUUCCUUGAUCGACAACUGGGCUUAAUCACUGCAUUCCAAAUUGGAUCUCACUUAACCCAUUGUAUUACUACCACGCAUUGGAUGAUAUGACGCACGCCAUGAC